AUGAUCGCAGUUGAUGAUAGGGACAUGCCUGUUAUUCCAGGUACAAAGCUAGACAGAGACGAAGCACACGAGCUAAGGCUAAUGGUAGCAGAUCUUUUAAGUAGAAAGAAUCCAAAUUUUCCUGGUUCUCAACCAGUGUCAUUUGAAAGAUAUCACUUAAAAGAGUCUUUAAUGAAUAAAGAUUAUUAUGUGUGUGAGAAAACGGAUGGAUUAAGGUGUCUUCUUUUUAUAAUUAAUCAUCCUGAGAAGGGUGAGGGAGUGUUUCUUGUUACUAGAGAGAAUGAUUAUCAUUAUAUCCCCAAUAUCCAUUUUCCUUUGACCACAAAUGAAAGCAAAAGUAAAACUUAUCAUCAUGGGACCUUGUUGGAUGGUGAAUUGGUUUUGGAAACCAAGAAUUUGAAAACGCCCGUUUUGAGAUAUUGUAUAUUUGAUGCGUUGGCGAUAAAUGGGAAGGAUAUUACCAGGCGAUCAUUACCUACUAGAUUAGGAUAUAUAACGGAAAACGUCAUGAAGCCCUUCGACGUUUUCAAGAAGAAUAACCCAGAAAUUGUUAAUUCUCCCGAUUUUCCUUUCAAAGUUAGUCUUAAACUUAUGACAUUCUCAUACCAUGCCGAUGAUGUUCUUAGAAAAAAAGAACAACUAUUUCAUGAAUCUGAUGGCUUAAUUUUUACGUGUGCUGAAACCCCUUAUGUCUUCGGUACAGACCAGAGCUUACUAAAGUGGAAGCCGGCACAUGAAAACACCAUCGAUUAUAAAAUGCAACUAGUUUUCAAUACUUUUCAGGACCCUGACAUGGAUCCCAGAGACCCUGACUCAUCAUAUAUUGAUUAUGACUCGAAGCCGAGUCUUAUCAAGCUAUUGGUAUGGAAAGGUGGUCAAGAUUAUGAAGAUUUCGCGAAAUUAGAUUUAUCGGAUGAAGACUGGGAGAAAUUGAAAAAUUUAAACGAGCCGUUGCAGGGAAGAAUUGUUGAGUGCCGCAAGAAACUUAGCAAAGUGGGUUACUGGGAAAUGAAUAGAUUUAGAAAUGAUAAGAAUAAUGGAAAUCAUUUCCAUGUUGUGGACAAAAUUUUGCAUAGUAUCCAAGACGGUGUAGAAGAAGAGGAAAUAGUAAAAGCAUGUCCUAUUAUAGCUAAUGAGUGGAAGAAACGAGCGAAUGAGAGAUCAGCUAAGACAAAGCAUGUGAUUUCAGGUCUGAAAAAUACCUUCCAACCACCUCAUAAAAGAUCCAAGGUUGAAGAUUUCGAUGCAGACAAAGAUAAGAGAGAUACUCAAGUGUUGCAAGAUAUACCAACUUAUGAAGAGAGUGACAAUGAAUAA